GUUGCGAAGCUGCCGCCGUGCGCGGCCCGCCGGGCGCCGCGGCCUGCGGGCGGCCGCUGGUUGGCGGCGGGGGGACACGUGAGAGGGGAGGGGGCAGCAGCAGCGGCGGUAGCAGCGGCAGCAGCAGCAGGAGUUUCCCCGACAGCUGGGGGUUGCGGCGGCGGCUCCUCCUCCCCGGGUCCCCGUUAGAGCCGAGAGACCCCCCGCGCUCCUCCUUAUUGACAAACACACAAAGGGCCGCGCCGGGGCCGGGCCGGGGAACGCGUCUAGAGCCGGCAUGGGAGACAAGAAGAGCCCGACCAGGCCGAAGCGGCAGCCGAAACCCUCCUCGGACGAGGGCUACUGGGACUGCAGCGUUUGCACCUUCCGCAACAGCGCCGAGGCCUUCAAGUGCAUGAUGUGCGACGUGAGGAAGGGCACCUCCACACGGAAACCUCGACCUGUCUCUCAGCUGGUUGCCCAGCAGGUUCCUCAGCAAUUCAUGCCCCCUACACAAUCAAAGAAAGAGAAAAAAGACAAAGUAGAAAAGGAAAAAGGUGAAAAGGAAACAACAAGCAAAAAGAACAGUCAUAAGAAAACCAGGCCAAGAUUGAAAAAUGUGGAUCGAAGUAGUGCUCAGCAUUUGGAAGUUACCGUUGGAGAUCUGACAGUCAUAAUUACAGACUUUAAGGAGAAAACUAAGUCACCACCUGCUUCCAGUGCUGCUUCUGCAGAUCAACACAGUCAGAGUGGUUCCAGCUCUGACAACACAGAGAGGGGAAUGUCCAGGUCAUCUUCACCCAGAGGAGAAGCGUCGUCACUGAAUGGGGAAUCUCAUUAAAGUUUAUUUCCUCCAGUUUCUUUAGUCUCUUCUCUUCAAAACGUACAGAUGCAUAACUUAUGUCACCUGUUACCACAUUUUCAUGUCAGAUUAUUCAUGCACAAUUGGGAUGUUGACUGGAACAUAAUUUAUGCAGUUCUAAAAAAGAAAAAAGUGCAGUGGUAGAAACAAUAAUUUAAAUGCACUCUACAAAUGUUUCCAAAGUGUUUCAGACCAACUUUUUAAUCUUCAUGUGUAAAGAUGCCAUGAAAAUGUGGUUUGAAUGUUCAUUAAGCAGUGUUAUUGGUAAGUCCAUUUUCACUUUUAGUUUAGUGAAUUCUAACACGACUCUUGGAGUCUCGAGUCUCUACUAUUGGCAUGUACUGAAUUUAAAUUUUUAUAGUUCAAGCUGCCUAAAUAUGUAUUAUUUGAGAAUUGUGAAACAUAGUUAUAUGUAUGCAAGUCAGAGAUCAACUUAAUCAACUAUUGCUGCAACAGAAUUUUCAUAAUUAUCUUCUUAAAAACACCUGCUGGUACUUGGUGUGGUUAAAUAGGAAAAUGUUAUUAAAUAAAACAUUUGUAUGAAUUUUUGCCAAUGUUUGACACAUUUUACUAGAUUACUGUUACUGAAUUAUGUUGAUGGGUUUACCAAUAUUUUUUCACAUUUAAAACACUUAUUGUCAUGUUUACAAGCAAAAUAGAAAACACACAUUGUAAGUAUUGAUUGGUUAACCUUACAAUUCAGGUAAAGUACUACAUUUGUCACUGUACACUGGUAUUCUAUGUUGUGUAACAAAUAUUGAACCUCAGAUGACUAUGCAUUUGGCAAAAACUAACAUUUGGAUAUACAAAAGUUUGGAAAAGCUUUAAAAAUAACAGAAGUACAGUUCUCAUUUCUGCUUAAUGCUGUUUCCUUGCCUCAAAUUUAAUCUAGUGUCCUAUAGUCACAUUUUCAUUACAGGAAUAUCAGAUGUUGCUCAAGAAUAAGGAAAUAACAAUAUUAUUAAUUUCCCGUUCCUGAAUCAAUUUCCUUAAUUUUGAUUUGGCCUGGUAGAACACAUUAAUUUAUAAAAAAACUCAUGUGAAAAAACUCAGUCCCCCACUUUAUAGCAUAAACUGUCAACUUUUACACAGCAAUAUGCUGAUACAGAGCAGAUUUACAGUCCCAUCUGGUAUUAUGUAAAAUCACCAAUAAAAUAUUUUUGUGAAUACAGAUUUUGCAUUUUUGUUUACAACCAAUAAGUGUUUUGAUACACACAUACAAUUCACAUAUAGGUUUUAAAUUAUAGAUUCAGGUUCAGUACAAAAGUCCAUUUAACUCCUUUUAGUGAAGGAGUCCACUUUACACUCCUGUGAUUCUUUUCUUUUUCAUUCAAAAUAAAUAUAUUUUUAAGCCAAUGUAAAAGUUGGAUGGACCUUCUUGGCAGUGAAUCCAGCCCCAAAUUAUUACCAACAUAUAAUACGUCUUCUUAACAGCUAAAACGAUGGAUUUUUGUAGCCCCUGACAAUUGUGAUGUUUGGUGGUUUCUUGUAGUAAUGUAUUUUUCUGUUUUUAGUGCAGUACUUCUACAGGCACAAUGGUACUGUUCUACUUUGUAAGAUGCUAGUUGUGAAAUACAGUUAGUUGCAUAAAAUGAAAGUCUGAUGUGAUAUCUGAGAACAUACAUACCUCAUUCCUUGGUGUUGCUGUUUAAACUUUUUAGACAUCAAAUGUUAAUUAUAGGCUAUUUCAGGUGGAUAACUACUGACCUGUUUAUUAUGUAUUCUGCUUUAUCUUACUAAAUAGGAUGUCUGUUCAUUGCCAUUACCUGGCCAAAUCUUAGUAUCGAUAUACCAAUGCAUUUUAAGGUUCUUAAAUGUUUUGGGGGCUGGGCUGGUGUUCAGAAUAACAUACACUAGUUUUGAAAAGAAAAAUACAUGCUUCCCAACUUUAUUUUUUUUGUAUUUUAUUUUUAGGUGGGACUAUUUGCAGAAUGUGCUGAUGUAAUGGAUUACAAGAGAGCUGAAACUGUUUAAAGUAAGGAGUUCAAUGACAGCAAAUCUCAUUGCAAGAUGUUUUAUGAAAUGUGUUUCUAAUUUAAAAUGUAAUGAAUGCUUAACACAUUUCAGAAUUCCUUGCAAACAAGUAAUAAUCUGUUACCAGUAGUUCACUAAAUGGGAAGGUAUUUUCAUUCAACUUUCUGUGAAUAAACCACCCAGCACUGCCAACAAGUGGUCUCUCUGUAUCUUCAGAAAUAAGUAACCAUUUGGUUUGGAAGGAAGAGAGAGGAUGAAGUGGAUUUUAUUCUGAUUCAACUGUCUCUAGAGAAUAAUCUCAAAAACAUGGUACGAGUGUGGUUAUAAUGAAAAACAAUGCAAAAAAGUCUCAUUGUUCUUUAUGGAAUAAGACAUAAAAAAGCAAUUUCUAACCACUGAUACAAGUCAAACAGGAUCUAAAAACUGAGCUGGGGUGGUUUUAACUGAACUAUUACAUUGCUAGUGUUUACAUUGCAAUGAUGCCUGUUUUGGCAUUAAACAAAGUUAAGGUAAUUUUUGCCUCUUUUUGAUUAAAGGGAUGUGUCAAUACUGACAGCAAAGUAGACAAAUUUUAAGUAGCAAUCAGCAUUUGACUCUGUUCGUAAUGUUAUAAUUUAAAUGAACCUCACAUUCGUAAUUUCUAAGUAACUUUGAUUUGUAGUAAACUCAAGUCCUUUUUCUAACUGUAAAUAUAUUUAAAAGCAUCUUUACUCCAUUUAUAAAAAGUGAAAAUUUAAUGUUGUAAUGUGUCUUGAUUAGCUAUUUUUCUCUGUGACUGCUCUCUGCAUAAGAACUGUUACUUGUUAAACUCUCUAUAUGCCCCACUCUGCAACAGCCAUACGUACAUCCUGGGUUGUUCAUGAAAUGGUGACCCAAGAAAGACAAGUGUGAUAGUGUUCAAUGUAAAUGAGUUCCUUUAUGUGUUGAUUGAUUGUCUGGUUUCAGAAAGGGGGAGAAAAGGGGCAAAAUGAAGUAUAAUUAGUUCGUUGAUAAAAUGUACAAUGAUUCAGUCUGUUAUCUUUCUAAAUUUGCCACUAAAUUACAUGUGGUAUAAGGAAAAGAACAAAUAUACAGUGUAAGACUAGGAUCCUUUUUCCCCCUGAAGUUAACUAUGUGUAUGGGUGACAAACAGAAGUUGUUCUACUUAGUACCAGGUUAAAUUAUGCCAUAUAAAAUCUUGAUUCUAACAGAAGUGAUAGUAAAAAAAAAAAAAAAAUCACAUUAAAAACUUUGAAAUUAUUGAUAUUAAAGUCUUGAAAUGAGGAGUAUGACUGAAGUUUUAGCCUAUUACAUGUUUCUUGAGAUAUUUGACGUUUUGUGGCAUAGAUUGUAAAAUCUGAAAACAGUUUUUGAUUUUAUAAUUUGUGCGCUUUGUUUUUUUUUUUAAUAUUAUGGAUAGCAUAUUUUUAGGUAGCCGUGUAAGAUAGAAUACUUUUUAGAACUUGUUUCUGUCAGUUCACUGUAGUAUUCAGGCAAGUCUUCUAAACUUGACAUGAGUGUACGGCUCUGCAUCCUAGAUACUUUUAAUUUUCCUCUCCUGUUUAAAAAACCCAACAGUUUCCCUCAUUAUGCUGAUUGAUUAUACCUUUGUUGUACAGAGUAGAUUUGGCAUGGAACUGUCUAUUAUGUACUUUUUAGAUACAUCUGGGGUACUUUAACUGUAUCUGCUUGGUUUUUUCUGUCGCUUGCCUUUAUUUGACUCUGCUUCCUACUUGGGAGACUGGGUAUAGUUACAUUCAAAUAUCAGAAACUAUAUGGAAAAAGAAAUAUGACUUAAUUUCUCCAAAUGCAGCAGCAAGUGUUAUACUUGUAGUAAAUUAGGUCUGUGCUUACUCAGGAUUAAGAUAGAUAAGAUUAAAAGUUAAUGCUGGUUUUGCCUAGUGGACCAGUCAAAUAAUGAUAUUUUGCAAAUCCAUACUUCUAAAUAUUAAGAUUUGAGUGUGCUGGAAAUGAUGUUUAAGCUUUUGAAUGUUUUUCUUACCUGAAAUUAUGCCCCAGCUUACAUCACAGUGGUCUCAACCUAGCAAAAGCUGUACAGUAAAAUCAGUCACACUGAGGAAGCUCAGUGGUUUUCUUUAGUUUUAGCAAGAGGAGAAAUUUUCUCCUUGUUAGAAAAGACUUAAGAAAUUUGUCUAAGAAACAGUUCAGAUAUAGAGCUCAGUUUGAUGUGUCAAGAAGAGCCUUUAUUUUAAUAAGAAUUAGCAGGAUUUAACUACUAAGUUAAAGCUGGCAAAGUACUUCACAAGUUAAUUACGAAUCAGUGCUUUACAGAAAUUAUUGUAGCUUUCUGUCUAGAGUGGAGUAAAUGGUGCAACAGGAAUGGAUAGCUGCACACUUGCUAGUAAAUGACAUUAUCCAAGAGCAAGUGACUUUUAAGUGACUUUCCUAAGAUAUUACACAGCCAGAUGCCUAUAAACAAGGCCUAGGGGUCCAGAAGUCUCCCCCUCUGUCUAAACUAUACUGUGGGAUUCAAACUGUGAAAGAAAAUGCAUCAAACAAAUAAAUUAGAUUCAGAUCCUAGAGUCUUAGUAAUGCUGAAGCUGUUUGCAGCUUUUGUUCAACUAUAUCAGUGAAAAGUACUUAAAAUGAGCCACCACUGUAUAAUACUUAAUCCCUCAGGAGUUUCUGAUCCUAGUCUUGAGCUUUUUAUUACAGGCAACAGAGAAGUCAACUGAAAGAACUUGCUCUGUCCACUGACAAGAGGGGGUUGUAAGAGCAGACACCUGAAUGAACACAGGAAGUUUUAGCUGUACUUGUAAGGAGUUGAGGGUGCAAGAUAUAGGGCAAAAGCAUGUUCCACAGGUCAAAUGAGUAAUGAUGACAUGAGAUUGCUGUGCCAUUUGAGAUCUGUAAAAGACAAAAUGGUAACUACCUAAUCACUCCUUGUCCUCUAUGUUUAAAAAGAUGACCACCCAAAAAAAAUUAUUCCAGUAAGAAUACAUUUGUUUGCUAACAAAGAAUUUAAAGAAGAGUUCCAAAAAGUUAAUUAUUUUGUGGAAAGUAUGGCAUAUCUUGACAGAGGUAGGAACAUCUGAACAAGAAGCCCUUCAGGACUACAUUUUCAUGGGCCACCUGGAAAAGUGUAAUCUUUAGUUUCACUGUUCUCUCUGUAUGUAUAUUGAUGUAGAACAAAGUGCUUUUUAAGUGAACCAGCUCCCUUAAACUUAAAGAUUUAAAGAAAUGUGGGUUUAGACCAGUGGAACUCUUAUGUACAAUGGAGUUAUUGAGAAGACAGUUGAGAAAAAGAGAGUAUUAAUCUGUUCUUUGAUAACCUGCUAAUGAUGUGCUCAAAAUUUUCCAUGUGAAGAAGCAAAAGUGGACAGAAGGAAAUGUAUAUAACUAGGGUUAAUGAAAUUUGGCUCUUUGCUGCCUUCCUAAGCUCACUAGCUUCUACAACCUGCAAAUUCUGUUUGGUUCAAAGGCAGUCACAGAUGCUUUGUCACUAGAGAAAGGAAGGAGUUGUUCAGUCACUUAGCAUCUGUUAAGACAAGUGAGUGGUCAGGCUGAUUCUACUUUCUGAAUGCCCACUUUGGGAUUACAGAGAUUUAAUUUGAUAUUUAUAUGCAUCUAAUAUGUAACUACCAGCCAUGAAUAAUCUAUGUCAAGCUGAUCCUUCUUUGCACUGAAUAAAUCAAAAUGCUUCAAUGCCAGGCCCAGUUCCUGAUAGCACAGCUCUCUGAGCAAGAAAGUCUGCUGGCUGAUUGAGCAUCUCUUACUGUAACAGCUUUCAGCUAAGAAAUAAUCAUGGCAAGGAAAACCUCUUAAGAUUACAUGUGCUUGUGGAGUAUCACUAUUCUCACCUCUGAAGAAAACACAUUGAUUCCUUUUUUUUUCUUCUUUUUUUUUUUUUUUUUUAUAGUAUACUUGUAGUAUAAGUGGAUGCAGCGAGUUUGAAUUUAUUUAUUAUGCCUGCUUUUGUAAAUGCAGAAUUUAACUACUAUUCCCAGUUCUUCAACUAUAUUGAUUUCUGUAAGACCAGCAAUGGCAUAUAACUGUACUCUAUAAUUGACUUACUGAGCAAAUUCUUGCUGAGCAGACCUACUUAGACCAAUCCUGUACACCAGUCAAGCAUUCUGGCUGAGGUAGCUGGUAUUCUGGGAUGCCAAUGUCUUGCAAAUGUCUUGCUAUCUGCAUUUCUGCAAAUGGUCUGAUUCUAUUGCUGGGGGGCUUCCAAACAGGGAAAUCAUUUUGCUUAUUUUUCCACCUGAUGGAAGCCAAUGUUGCCAAGUAACUUGCAGUACCUAGAGGCUUUUUAAAAGCUGCAAGAAAAUCCUCUUAGUGCCAGCUGGAGAAAGAGACCCUAGGAGCAUGCACAGAUACUGAGCACUUUCUAAGCUUUCCUACAGAAAUUCUGAGUAGCUAGCUUCUGUUUCUAAAAUGUCAAAAACCUUCAAAAACUCUCAGUCCAACAGAAAGAAUAUAAGGGAGGGAAAGAAAAAAGAAAAUGUUGGGUUGUUUUGGUUUUUGGUUUGGUUUUUUUUUCAGAAUAAUACCUGGAGAAGCCACUAUAAAAUGGCUUCUUAGUGUGUUUAGUAUUCUUAUCUCUGUGUACCAAAUUGGAAGUGGGCAGCAUCCCAUGCUUCUUAAAGGUGUGUGUUGCUUUAUAAUGCUUGAUACCUGUUGGUUCAGUGACUUUUGGCCUAAAGAUAGAUGUGAAUUCCAUUUUAAAUACCAUGAAUGUAUCUCUCUUGGGUACAGGUCUUUUGUUGAAAGGGCAGUAGUUUUGAUUAAAGAGCUAGUCAGGAACAAAAUAGAUUCCUCUUGGACACUUAGACACUACCAGUUUUAAAGGGUCUGAUUCUUGGACUACUAGGAAAAGGGUAACAUGGAAAGGGUAAUAAAAACCCAGACUAGAACAGAUGCAGUUUCUGAAAAGUUUUGUGGCCAGUAGUUCAUAUGGUUGUUUUCAGUCAUUAUUCCACAUCUUGGCCCUUUAAUCUUUAAACAUUGGUAGACAAAUCAAAACUACCAACACCACUGUCAGAUGCUCUUUAUAUUUACUAAGUGCCUUAUACAGAGCAUCACUGAGGCAGUGGUUGGAUUGAAAGGAAGUUUGAUAAAAGAUCUACUACUCUGGAUGGAGCCACAGGUUAUCAUUUGUAACCAAGGUGCUGAUUAUAACACACCAGAAUCUCAGAUUUUCUUGCUGACAGAAGUACCUAAUAAGAAACAGUCCAGAAGUUUCUGAGGCUUUCAGUUCAUAAAACAUAUAUUCUUUGGAGAAGAUUUUUUUUUUCUUCUGGUCAGCUGUGUUAGCCUACUGGAAUAUCCCAGAACUGAACAAAACUUCUGAGUAUUUCUGGAUGCUUUCACACUUCUCAGUUUCUCAGUCAAGGAUAAUAUUACCUUUCUUGGGAAUGGGUACCUAAGUUGGUUUUAUUCAUAGGGUUUAUGUUGAUCCAACAGUAGUUUUAAAGGAUUUUAUUGUCAGAAAAAGGGCUUGUUGUUUUGAAAAUAAAAAUCUUACCUGCCAGGUGUCUUCCCCAAAAUGAGUAAGUGCCUUUUCUGUUCUGACUCUUAGAAGUAUUUACUUUGUCAAAUUGAAUCUGAAUGUCCUGCAUAAACCAACUCUGAAGUACUGAGUGUUACCGAUGGCUUGAAUUCAUUUCACUGAAGGAACAAGAGACACGAUGUAAGCCACUUGAAUUAUUUUGAGACCUUCUGUUACCAGAAAUUUUGUACCUGCUGUGAGUAGUAUACUUCUAAGAACAAUGUAACUUUUCAGGAACUUGGUAUUGAUAGGAAAUAAAUAUUUAUUAGAAGAAAUAUAUAAAAUAAAUAUUUAUUUACCAAAUUAAGUAAGAGAAAAUGUUACACCGUGGGAGCAACAGUUAACUUGCUGUUAGCAGUCCUGACUACUUCAUAGAAAGUAAAACUGAGGCCCUGAACUCCGACUGUAAAAGAAUGCGUGGUAUUUGGUGAGAGAUUGGGACUGUGAAUCUUAGAUCCACAUUCUAAUAAAGUAAUUCUUCCUGCCUAAGGUUUUGCCAAUUCUCAAACAGAAAAGAAAGCAUGAGCAGAUAUCAGUAGGAGGCCCUCUAGUUUUAUUGGUGCUGCUUUCUAACUCUAGAGGAUUUUUUAAUUUUAUUUUAUUUUAUUUUUAAACUUUGCUCAGGACUGGUACAGCUGAAAGUAUAUUUUCCCUUCAUUCUUAAGCCUAGACUUUGAAUGGAGUUUCUCUGAGACACUUUUGUAGUGAAAGCAUAUUCCCUACAAACAUUGAAGACAAAAAUAAACAUCUCUGUGAAUGAA